AUGACCCUCUUUUCUUUAUCAAACUCUAAAUGCUUUUGGGGAACUUCAAUUGCAUUAGCAUUCUACUUGAGUUUUCUCUACAUUGUAAACUCAAGUACCCUUCAAACCCCAUCUCCAAAUCCAUGCAAGGAUCCUUACAAGCAACUCAGGCUCAUCCUUAACCCAAAUGGAACAGUCACACGAUCAAACAAACCCCCAGAGAGCCCUCCCGCACCUGAUCCCAACCUCAACAUCCUCGUACUCUCCAAGGACCUCACCAUCAACCAAUCAAAAGGCACAUGGGCCAGGAUCUACCUACCCCGCAAAGCACUGGAUCAUAGCUCCAAGCUUCCCCUGGUGGUUUUCUUCCAUGGGGGCGGGUUCAUUUUCCUCAGUGCAGCCUCAACCAUAUUCCAUGAUUUCUGCUUCAACAUGGCAAACGACGUCGUAGCUGUUGUUGCGUCCAUAGAAUACCGUCUUGCACCUGAACAUAGACUUCCUGCAGCCUAUGAAGAUGCUAUGGAGGCGCUGCACUGGAUCACAACCAACCGAACAGAUGAUUGGGUGAGAAACUAUGUUGAUUAUUAUAAUGUUUUUCUUAUGGGUAGUAGUGCAGGAGGAAACAUAGCGUACAACGCAGGUCUACGUGCAGCUUCGGGAGAUGAUCAAAUUUCUAAGAUCAGAGGGCUAAUAUUGGUUCAACCAUUUUUUGGUGGGACCCUUAGGACCGCUUCAGAACUGAGGCUGGCGAAUGAGCCUCAUUUGUCACUGUGUACUAAUGACAUGUUGUGGGAGUUAUCCUUACCCGUUGGAGUUGACCGCGAUUAUGAGUAUUGCAAUCCUACGGUGGGUGAUGGUCCUGUGAGAUUGGAAAAGAUCAGACGGCUUGGGUGGUGGAUACUGGUGACCGGCUGUGGCGGUGACCCACUUGUGGACCGUCAGAUGGGACUUGUGAGGUUGAUGGAGAAGAAGGGUGUGAGAGUUGUCGGACAUUUCACAGAAGGAGAUUAUCAUGGGGUUCAAGAUGUUGAUCCCCUGAAAGCAAAGCAAUUAUAUGCAGUAAUGAAAAGUUUUAUUUCAUCUUUGCCUUCUCGGGGUUGA